AUGACGAUCUUAACGGCAUUCAAGAACACCUUUGCAUUUGCGCUCAGCUUUGGGGUUGUUCCAUGGUUGGAAAGAGAUGCCUUCUUGAAGGUUGCCGGAUGGAAUACUCUGAUCGAAGGUCUCAUCUUCCUCACCACGAUCCCGAUGUACAUGUUUGGUGCGCGACUGAGGAAAUGGACAAGUCAAUUUGAAGUGUAA